AUGUCCAGUUCCUCGGACUCGUCAGUGCUCGAAAGACCCAAGCGACUAGGACUCAACGCGCCGUACGACUCAGAUUCGGACUCUGGCCCCUCCGAUUACAAAAAGCGCAAACUGACGCCGCCGCGACGGUUGAAGCCACAUUUUUCGGAGAAACAGUUGCGAGACUAUGUGGAUCAGCUCGCCGAGCAACAGGAGAACUUCCGUCAACUGCACUUGUACACCGGCAAACUGAGAUCCGUCUUCGGAAAGAUUCUUAAAACGGUGCGUCCAAAAGAGGAGGAGGAAGACGAUUUGGAGGAGGAGGAGGAGGAGGAAGAACGUCCAGGAACUGCUGAUUUGAAGGUGUCGAUGCUCGAGGAGAGUGCGAAAAUGGUUCGCGAUUUGAUAAACGAUCAUCAGAAGCAACAAGAGCAGUUUAUGGAGUUGAACAGGAAACUCCAAAUGACCAUGUUCCUGUACGGAUUAUGUGAAAUCGAGGGAUUCGUGCAGAACACCUCCACACCCAUCGAUGACGUCAUGGAGGUGUGCAACUACUUGUUGCAGUGUAACGGCGAAAAGAGUCUCUCGCAGUACAUUUACGACGUGUUCCUCAACAUGCACAAGAAUAUCGAGAUGAUCAGCACGGACGACUACAGGGAAAUGCGGAAGCAGAGCGAGAAGAUUGACGAGUUGCACGCAGAGAUGAACGCGCAACACGACGCGUAUGAGGAGAAGAUCCGCAGGUUGGAGAGACGAAAUCGCAAGGAGGAGAGGCAGGUGAAGCCGGAGGGAAUCAUCGAGAAGACUAUGGACAAACGGGGCAUGGUGCGCAACGAGACGAGACGGGGAGGUGCGUCUUUUUUGCAAGGUAAUACCGCUUCACCUUCUUUUUGUUUUUGGGAACGUUGGACGUACUGAAAGUGUAGCUUUUUUCAGAUUCUACCCCAUCGCCUCCAUCUUUUUAUUUUUCUUCCGCCUGCCCACAAACGCCCAAAGGAUUUAUGGAAAAAGUGGUAAGUCGCCGGGGUUGUCUCAAAGCUAAUAAACGAAAUGUUUCAGCGCUCCGAUUACAAGACGAUCCGAAGGUUGACAACGGAACUGAAGCACCAGAAAAGUGACCUGGACCGCGCGACGAGUCGCAUUCAACGCGAUCGCGACUGGAUCGACAAGUUGCAGUCGGAUUUGGCGGACGAGCGGAAGAAGACGUACGAGUCGUUGCCGGAAGACGUGAGCAAGAUUGCGUUCCUUGAGAAUGAGGUGAAUGUGAAGCAGCUGCGAAUUCACACGCUACAAUUGGAAGCGGACGCGUUGAAGAGCGCCUAUUCGCGGCACGUCGACGAGAUUCGCGGAUUGCAAGACAUUGUGCAAAAGUAUCGAGACGACGGAGGCAAAACCGAUGAGAUUGAGUGGUUGGAGGCGAAGAUCAAGGAGCAGGCGGAGACGGUGGAGAAGCAGCGCGGUUGGAUUGAAGAGUUGGAGCUGAAGGUUGAGCAGCGAGAGAGUCAAAUCAAGAGUAUGAGCACGAAUCGACCGAUGGCCUGGACACAUUGCACCGAUUGUGGAGACGCCUACACCGACACCGAUCCGGCAAAGCUUCCCAGAUUUUUGAGUGAGUUUUGUCUAAAAUCUUAGACCCUAUUAUCAGAUUCUUCACAUAUCAGCAGACGUUUGACGCAAAAAAAAACAAAGAACAAUUUGUUAAUUGCAGACUGCAUGCACGUCCUGUGCACGGCGUGUUGCGAGGCCGAAUCGAACGGCGGUCUCGUCAUAGAAUGCCCCGCCGAUGGAUCGAUCACAAUUGUGCCUACAAUCGGUGUCAGCGGCCUUCCGACCGUUGAAAACAUUUAUGAGACUGAGGAGAUUGAGGAGGAGGAGGAGCCAAGCAUGUGA